AUGGCGCACAUAGCCCCGCCCCGGAACGAUGGCGGCGGAGGAAGCGACGAUGAUAUUACGGCGUCGCAGAAAAUGAUCUCGGCCAUGUCGGGCAGUCUUUUGACGUCGCUUCUAGUGACACCGCUCGAUGUUGUCCGAAUCCGAUGGCAAUCCCAGAACGUCACGCCGCCGACGGUAGAUUUCUCGCGACUUGCUAUGACGACCAACAACUUGAAAACUUUCAACACACCGAACCUCGGAGUUACCGCGUGCUGUCGCGAAGUGUUCUUCAUGAACAAUAGCUCUGAACUAUGCCUCGCAAUGCCGAGAGCUGCAGAGGGCGUCGCGACCGGCGCGGCCACCGAUUGCGCCGUCGCAGAGGUUGAACGCAAGACAAUCAGCUCGACCAUGGACGGGCUGAGGAAGAUUGCGCGGAAUGAGGGGUUCACUAGCUUAUGGAGGGGUCUUUCCCCGACUUUGCUGAUGACAAUCCCUGGAAACAUCAUCUACUUCACUGGCUACGACUGGUUGCGAUACAAUGACAAGAGUCCCAUCGCCCAGAAGCUCAACGAAGAUACCGCCCCACUUGUUGCUGGCGCCGGAGCUCGGGUCCUGGCCGCAGCCGCCGUUAGUCCGAUCGAACUGUUCCGCACGAGGAUGCAAGCAUCGACUGGCAAUUCAACAACCGGCCAUCUUGCGAACACAUUCCGAGGCAUCAAGGAGAUGGUCAACAGCAGUGGCUACACUUCGCUGUGGAGGGGGCUGACCUUGACUUUGUGGAGGGAUGUGCCCUUCUCGGGCCUGUACUGGUGGGGAUACGAAACGAUCCGCGGCAAGCUGACAGAUAUGCGAGAGACCCGCCGCGGUCGGACUCUAGAAACUGGAGGCUCGCGGCAACAGGUGCGGCGCCGGUCUCAGAGUCGGGAGAAUCACACGGAAACAUUGACGGACAGCUUCAUUGCUGGUGCUGUAUCCGGCGGUUUCGCGUCGAUAGUGACGAUGCCGUUCGACGUAGGCAAGACCAGGACGCAGGUCUACCGUGACUCACCGCGUCAGGCGGCCGGAGCCAAUGCCACCAAGGCGGCUGCAGCUGAGCAAGGCUCUAUGGUGCGCUUGCUUUGGCACAUAUUUACGACCGAAGGAAUCGGGGGCCUGUGGAAAGGAUGGAUCCCCCGGACUCUGAAAGUUGCUCCAGCUUGCGCCAUUAUGAUCAGCAGCUACGAGGUUGGGAAGCGGACGUUCAGGAGCGUGAACGAGAAGUCCAGAAGAGACAGAGACUAA